GUUCCCAGUAUUGUCGCAAAAUCUUAUUGUGAAUUUUUAGUUGUUUAUUAAAACUUGUUCUUUUAACAUUUCCGAAUAAAUACACAAUGUCUGAGGAAGACUAUGCAACUCUUAUUAAUGUAUCUCCUGUAUUGACAAAUGAGAGGCUUUCUGACGCUCUCACCAAGUGGUUUGCUGAAAAUUUCACUUUCACCCAUUGGGAGUAUGUCGGCGAAACAGGAAAAGGCGAUUCUUAUCUAAGCGAGUUAAUACGAAUAAAGAUACAUGGAAAGAAUCAAAAUGGCGAAUCCAAAUACGUCCAAGUAAUUCUUAAAACCAUUCCCAUGAGCUUGUCGAGACGUCUCACGUUCAGAAGCGAUGAAUUUUUCAGAAAUGAAAUUAAUUUCUAUGAAAUAGUGCUACCUGCUUUACUAAAAUUCCAAGCGAGUAAAAACGUCACUGAACCUUUUACGAACUAUGCGAAAUUGUUCUUUAGCUACUGCGAUGGUACAAACGAUGUAUUAUGCCUUGAAGAUGCAAGCACUGAAAAUUUCGUUAGUGCAGUAAGACAAGAAGGCAUCGAUGUUGAACAUUGCAAACUAACUUUCAAAACUUUAGCACAGUAUCAUGCUAUGUCCAUCGCAAUGAAGGAACAGGAACCCAAAAAAUUUGAUGUGCUGAAAAAUACUGUUUUUGAAACGUAUUAUGAUGACAGACUGUGGGAUUGGUACGAACGUUUUUGGGAAAAGAUAUUUGAAUUAGCUAUUGAUGCUGUUGAAAGAGAAUAUCCAAACACUCAUUAUAUAAAAGAAAUAAAACAAUUAUCAGAUAAAAAGCACUACAAGGACAUGAUCAAAGCAACAAGAACACAUGAGACAGGUGUGAUUUCUCAUGGUGAUUGUUGGACAAAUAACUUUCUUUAUAAAUACGAAAACGGGAAACCAGUGGAUGCUAAGUUGAUUGAUUUACAAUUAACUCGCUGUGCUAGUCCUGUACUAGACAUUACAUUUGUUAUUUAUGCUUGCACAACUCAAGAUAUGAGAUUAAAACAUUAUGAUGACUUAUUGAAGUAUUACUAUGAAGUAUUAGCCCGUCAAGUUAAGGAGAUGGGAACUGAUCCCGAGAAAGUGUAUUCUUUGAACAAGUUUAUGGAGGAAGUCAAGAAGUAUUCUUAUUUUGGACUAAUUUUCAGUUUUGAGUCUACACCGUUUAUUAUUUUGGAUCCCGAGGACGCUAUAAACAUGGAAAUGGAGGGUGAUCAAAAAAUGAACAUCGCAGAUGUAUGGCGAUUGAAACCGAUCAAAACGAAAGAGGGCAGACUGCGUGAGGCCAAUAAUGUUAUAUUUUGUGUUGAUAGAGGAUAUAUACCUAUAACAAUGUCUGAGGAAGACUACACAACUCUUGUUAAUGUAUGUCCUGCAUUAACCAAGGAGAGGCUUUCCAACGCUCUUACCAAGUGGUUUGCAGAAAAUUUCACUUUCACCCAUUGGGAGAACCUCGGCGGGUUUGGAAAGGGCGAUUCUUAUCUCAGCGAGUUAAUGCGAAUAAAGAUACAUGGAAAGAAUCAAAAUGGCGAAUCCAAAUACGUCCAAGUAAUUCUUAAAACCAUUCCCAAGAGCGUAGCAAGUCGUCUUACGUUUAGAAGUGAUGAAUUCUUCAGAAACGAAAUUAAUUUCUAUGAAAUUGUAUUGCCUGCUUUACUAAAAUUUCAAGCAAGUAAAAACGUUACUGAACCUUUUACGAACUACGCGAAAUUGCUCUUAAGCUACUCCGAUGGUACAAACGAUGUAUUAUGCCUUGAAGAUGCAACCACGGAAAAUUUCGGAAGCGCAGUAAGACAAGAAGGCAUUGAUGUUGAACAUUGCAAACUAACUUUCAAAACGUUAGCACAAUUUCAUGCUAUGUCAAUUGCAAUGAAAGCACAGAAACCUCAAGAGUUUGAUGCUCUAAGAAAUGCUAUAUUUGAAACCUACUGCGAUGACAGACUGUGGGAUUGGUAUGAACGUUUCUGGGAAAUGAUAUUUGCCAUAGCUAUUGAUGCUGUUGAGAAAGAAUAUCCAAAUACUCAUUAUGUAGAAGUAAUACGAGAAUUAUCUGAUAAAAAGCACUACAAGGACAUGGUCAAAGCAGCAACCAGAACGUACGAGACCGGUGUCAUUACGCAAGGAGAUUGUUGGACAAAUAAUUUUCUUUAUAAAUAUCAAAAUGGGAAGCCCGUCGAUUCUAAGUUGAUUGAUUUUCAAACUACUCGGUGUGCCAGCCCGGCAUUAGACAUUUCUUUUGUUAUUUAUGCUUGUACAACUCAAGAUAUGAGAUUGAAACAUUAUGACGACUUAUUGCAAUAUUACUAUGAAGUAUUAGCCAGGCAAGUGAAGGAGAUGGGAACUGAUCCAGAGAAAGUGUAUUCCAAGGAGACAUUUAUGGACAAUAUCAAGAAGUAUUCUUAUUUUGGAAUAAUUUACAGUUUCGAGUCUACACCCUGUAUUAUUUUGGAUCCCGAGGAUGCUUUUAUCGUGGAAUUGGAGGGUGAUCAGAAAAUGAACAUCGCAGAUGUAUGGAAACUAGAACCGAUCAAAACAAAGGAGGGCAGACUACGUGUGGCCAAUAAUUUGGUAUUUGGUGUUGACAGGGGAUAUAUACCUAAAAAUGUAUAAAAUUCUAAACAACUGCAAUACAUAUUGUUUAAAGAAAUAAGUUAUUAAUAAUUUGGUUUAUUGGGAUCAGCUAAUUCCAAGAGCAGAUGAUACAGAGUUACUUUUUUUAAAUCGGAAACACAAGUUUGUGUUGAGAUGUUUUUUUCGUACCCAACCCA